AUGCAUGGCCCUGCUCAAUUUCACGUUCCCUGUACCCUUAGCACUCAGGAGGUAGCUGUAGCAUGGACGAUUCUGCUCAAGGAUUACCUUGGUUCAUCGCAUGUUUCAUAUCUCAUAACGGAAGAAUUAUCCUGUGGAAAAGUCGAGUCCACGUGCAUCAAUCUCGAAAUAGACGAUCAGGAAACUGUGGGAAGUUUGUCCCAUAUAAUUCAACAGCAAUUGCAACAAGAGCGCAUAAAUGACGCAGAAAUCGACCAGUUAACACCGUUUCGAACGCACCUACAUAUCACCAGCUCAGAAUCCGAUGAAGGCAGCAACAGAUCGAAUGAACCAGUCAUUAGUCUGGAUACAAACACUCAUUUUGCAUUGAAAUGCGUCCUGAUUGAUAAUGGCCGAAAGCUGCAUGUCACAACAGUACCAAGCUCCAACACAGAGUCAUUGCGUAUUCUGCAACAAUUCGAAUGUGUUCUUCACCAGAUUUGUCAGAAGGAUUUGAAUGCGUUGGUUUAUAGUAUACAUACAGCCAGCGAGGCAGACAAAUCUACCGUGUGGGAAUGGAAUCGCUCUCACCCAAUUGGAGACUCCAGAACAGCACUAGAAGUGUUCCUUGGUCACGUCAGAACUCAUCCCAAAUCUCCUGCAGUGAGCGCCUGGGAUGGUGAAUUGACCUACGAAGAGCUAGAUGAGUUGUCAAAUAUCUUUGCGCAUCAGUUAAUUGAUACUGGCGUGGGACGUGGCAAUAUCGUGCCCUUAUGUUUCGAGAAGUCUAAGUGGACUCCUGUUGCCAUAUGGUCUGUGAUCAAGACCGGUGCUGCUUUUGUGCUCUUGGAUCAACGAUUACCGGACGACAGGAUUAGGCAGAUUGCCGGAUUAAUUGAAAAAGACACGCCGUUAAUUCUCUCUUCGGCUUCACAACGACCUCGAGCGGAGCUCCUUGGCUCCCAUCUCAUCAUUAUUGAUUCAGAAUAUCUCGAAACGAAGUCACAGUCGUUAUCGGAUACAGCAUGUAGUAGCGAUAAUGAAUCUGACCUAACGCCAUCAGAUCCUAUAUAUGUUGUGUUUACGUCAGGCACCACGGGCGUUCCGAAAGCUGCGAUACUUUCCCACCAGAACAUUUGUACAUUCGCUAAAACUUCGAGAGAAUUAAGUGACAUUUCACGAGAUUCUAGAGUGCUUGCUUGGGCGUCGUAUGCCUUUGAUGUCUCCUUGGGAGAUACAUUCCUCAGUCUGCUCAGCGGCGCAUGUCUUUGCAUACCAUCGUCGUGGGAAUGUGAAAACGAUGUAGGACGAAUAGUCGAUACUUACCAGAUCACACAUGCGAUGGUCACACCGUCAGUGUCAAAGAUGAUGCAGCCAUUGCAAUCAUCAUCGUUGAAAGUUCUUAAUCUAUGCGGAGAACCUUGCACUGAAGAUGCGCUUUCAAAGUGGAGAGGUACGCAAACACGUGUGAUGAACACAUAUGGGCCCGCAGAAUGUACUGUAACUUCUGUUGGCAAUUACGAUGCACUUCUUUUUGAAAGCCCAAGUAUAAUUGGCAAAGGAUUGGCGGGUUGUUGGAUCAUGGAUCCAGUGGACCAUGGCCGGUUGACACCCAUUGGGGGUAUAGGAGAGUUGGUGGUCGAAGGGCCGCUGGUUGGCCUGGGUUAUCUUCACGACGAAACAGCGUCCAGGGCCAAGUUUUACGAGGACCCUAAAUGGCUGCAGGAUGGUCAUCCUUCGGUAGUGCAGGGACGCAGAGGACGUUUAUAUCGUACCGGUGAUCUCGUACGGUAUACGGACAACGGAGAGAUUGAGUAUAUUGGUCGAAGAGAUUCGCAAGUGAAGAUUCGAGGGCAGAGAGUUGAGCUUGGAGAAGCUUCCACUCAGUUGCAGCCAUAUAUCCCUUCAGCAAUACAGUGGAGUCUGGAAGUCAUCACAUUAAGAAACGGAGCCGCGAUCUUAGUUGUGUUUUUUGCUAUAGACUCAGAAACGAAGAAAAGCUCUAUACUGAGGAAGAUGCUUGACCAAGUCACCCCAGAACUGAAGAAAAAGCUACCAUCAGCAAUGAUACCUGGAGCUUAUGUCAAUAUAGACAGGAUUCCGCUCACGAUGACGGGCAAGGUCGACCAUCGUAAAUUGAGAGAAAUCGGAACGUCAUUGCCGCCGGAUCGGAUUACCUUUGUUGCUGCAGCUGGUAGCGCCAAAUUCCCGUUUUCGACUGGGAAUGGUAAUGACAACGACCAUACUAAUGGGCAUGAACAUCCUAACGGAAAAACAAAUGGCGAAACUGAGAACCAUGCCGAUAACCUCGCUAGGGGAAGGAACGACGGCGACGAGCAAGAAGAUUCCAAACUGCGAUUGCUGAAACAGGCGUGGAGUGCUGUUCUACGUAUCGACAUCGACAGAUUGGGCUCUUCCACCAGUUUUUUUGCCCUCGGAGGAGAAUCUUUGAUGGCUAUCCGUCUAGUCAGUACUGCAGCGCAAAUGGGUCUCCAGCUUGAUGUCGCAACAAUAUUCAGAUAUCCACUCCUGGCAGACCUAGCCCGUGAAAGUAAAUUAACACGUUGGAUGCUCCAGAGCCCGCCACAACCUUUCUCCCUUCUAGAAGGUGAGGCGAACCUCGUUGAAAUCGCCAAAGCUUGUGGAACAGAGGUUGGCAAUAUCGAAGAUGCAUAUCCGUGUACUCCGCUGCAAGAAGGCUUGAUUACCAACAGUUCAACAACGUACACCGGACGCGGGAGAUAUGCACUACCUAAGCAUGUCAACAUUGAACGGUUCAUACAUGCGUGGCAAGUCGUCGCACGGACUCAUAGGAUUCUGCGAACGCGCAUCGUGGACACCCUAACUCAUGGAUUGGUCCAGGUCGUAUUAUAUGAAACGAAUCUGUUUUGGGACAGUAGGGAGAGUCUAGCCAUGUACUUGGAAGAGGAUAAUCGCCGAGAGAUGACCUUGGGUACCGAGCUCUGUCGCUGGGGGAUCGUAAGAGAACUCGGCACAACGUAUUUCAUUCUCACCAUGCAUCACUCCAUCUACGACGGAUGGACUCUCCCACGUAUCGGUGCCGAAGUAUUCAGAGCAUAUCAAGGAAUCCGCAUUGAGCCAGAUAUAGGAUUCAACACUUAUAUCAAGUACGUCCGAGACUUGCCCUUAAGGUCCGCUCAAGAAUUCUGGGUAGAGCGGUUGGCUGAACCAGAGAAGACUUCAGUAUUUCCCGCCUUACCAUAUGGAAUAUAUCAGCCCAAGGCUGAUUCGACAAAAUCAAGGAGCUUCUCAGCACCAUUAAAUGAUCACCAAGGUGUAUCGAUGCCAUCACUUCUAAGAGCUGCAUGGGCCCUUUUGGUAUCUACGCUUUCGGGAAACGAUGAUGUUACGUUCGGAGCAACAGUCGCUGGACGAAAUAUUCCUAUCAGCGGUAUUGAGGGCUUACUCAGUCCUACAAUAUCAACUGUACCGGUUAGGCAUAAGAUUGAUAGAGCACAGAGUGUCUCAAGCUUCGUCGCUGCUGUUCAGGAUCAGACUCUACAGGCCGUCCCAUUCGAGAACCUAGGCUUACAGGCAAUUAGGAAAAUCAACGCAGACACGAGAAAAGGAAGCAGAUUUCAGACAUUGUUCGUGGUGCAUCCUCGACAUGAUAGCUCUAUUGUCGAAUUGUCCCCCACUAGCAGCUCAGUUGAACAAGAACUGAAAACAAUGCUGGAGAACUUGAAUAUAAGUUCUACACUAUCUGAUUUCAACGAAUUCAGUCUAAUGAUUCUUGUGACCCAGACACAAGGCGACAUAGUCGUCGAGGCCAACUAUGACUCUCGGGUGAUUUCUGAUCUCGAGGCAGAUCUUUUGCUUGAGCAGUUUGUACACUUUUCACGGCAACUCGGCCUCGCCAGUAAUUUUCAAAAGAGUUUACAAGACCUUCAGCUUGUAAGUGACCGGGAAAUCAAAAUGAUCUGGCAAUGGAAUAGGAAAGAAUUUGCUGCUGUGGAAGACUGUAUACAAGAUAUCAUUGCGAGAUCAUAUUCUGGUCAUCCUUAUGCCGAAGCGAUUUUCGCCUGGGAUGGCAACGCAACUUUCAGCGAAGUUGACGAGCUUUCCUCACGGCUAUGCCUUAAAUUACAGAGCAUUGGGGUUGGCCGUGGCAACUUGGUCCCCAUUUGCAUGGAAAAAUCAAAGUGGGCAACAAUUUCCAUGCUUGGAAUAUUGAAGACCGGUGCGGGAUUUGUUGCAAUGGACGUCAGACACCAGCCUAAAAAGCGUCUCAUGGGGAUUAUAGAACAGAUCAGUGCAAAGUGCAUCGUUACUCAUGGCCCAGCAGCAACUUUGGCACGAUCUUUGUGCAAAGAAGCUAUUGUGUGGGAAGAACAUCUUUUGGAUACCGAUAAUAUCAAAUCCGAACUAACCCCUGUCAAGAAUCUGCCAUCUGACACUGCUUUUGUUGUCUUCACCUCUGGGAGCACUGGUGCCCCGAAAGGAAUAAUCAUUACCCAUGAAAAUUUCUGCUCGACAAUUGAACAUCAUGCUCGGGAACUGAAGCUAUCGAGAGAAUCACGGAUUUUUGAUUUUGCAUCGUAUAGCUUUGAUAUCGCUGUCCACAACUCUUUGAUGGCUUUGUGCUUAGGGGCAUGCUUAUGUGUACCGAGCGAAGACGAUCGGGAGAAUGAUAUCGAAGCAUCUUUUGAACGGCUGAGAGCAAACUGGGCUGAUAUCACGCCAUCGGUGGCACGUCUCAUCAAUCCAACAGAAGUACCAGGUCUUCAGACGCUUGUUCUUAGUGGUGAGGCUGUCGGCAAAGACCUUGUACAACGAUGGGCGAAUGAAGUAAACCUCAUCAACGCUUACGGCCCAGCAGAAUGUCAAAUAUGUACUGUACAAUCCAAAGUAACUGACGUUGAAAGACAUGCAGAUAUUGGGUUUGCUGUUGGUUGCAAAGCAUGGAUUCUUGAGCCAGCAAGCAACAACUUGUCACCAAUUGGCGCUAUAGGAGAACUAAUCAUUGAAGGACCUAUCGUCAGUCCAAGCUAUCUGCAAUCCUCCAAUAAUGCUUUCGUCGACUAUCCGAUAUGGCUCAGAGAAGGAGUAAUGUCCACUUCCAAGAGGCGAGGUUAUAUGUACCGAACAGGAGAUUUGGUGCGUUACCGACCGGACGGCACAAUCGUCUACAUUGGCCGAGUCACCACUCAAACAAAAAUCAACGGUCAGCGAGUCGAGUUUGGGGAGAUCGAGUACCAUAUACAGCGACUGGCUCCCAACAUUGAGAGUGCGGUCGUUGAUGUUGUGGAUUAUGCCGGCGUAAACCUGCUUACUGCGUUCGUUGUUUCGAACGACUCCAAGCUUGGGUUCAAAAGGAGUGUCGACGUCACCAUCGAGCCAACAACGCCUUCGUCUAGAGUGUUAGACGAACUCAAAGAGUCUCUUCCGGCUUAUAUGGUCCCGACGGUGUUUCUUAAUACGUCUCAUAUACCUCUCACAUCUACACGUAAAGCGGACCGACGUUUUCUGAGAAGCCGUGCUAGUUCCCUUUCGCGAUACCAACUUGUUCCUCAAAUAAAGGAAGAAAAGAAGACCGUAUCUGAAAACAAUCAGCUUAGCCAGCUCCAGCUGGACCUUAGGCAAAUAUGGGCAUGGGUGCUCAAAGUUGAACCUUCAGUUAUUGGACUGAGCAGCGAUUUCUUCCAGCUCGGGGGCGAUUCCAUCUCGGCCAUGCGUUUGGUGAAAAGGUCUCGAAUGAAGAGAAUAUUAUUUACGGUUGCAGAUGUCUUCCGCCACUCCCAAUUGAAACAACUUUCUGAUAUUGCGGUACCGGUGACUAAAGAUGAUGAGUCUUUAUCAGACGAGCCUGUGAAGAGAAUCGCUCCGUUUAACCUCAUUCCGAUCAAGUACAAAGAGAGUCUUCUCUCAACAGCCGCUGCCACUUGUAAGGUGCCUCAUGAUGAGAUUGUUGACAUCUAUCCAUGUACAGCGUUUCAAGAAGCGGUUUUUGCUUUGACCGCAGGCAAUUCGUCCGCAUAUGUACAGCAUACUUUGCUAAGGCUGAAAAGCAACUCAGUUCUUGACCGUGCGUUGGCUGCAUGGGAUGCAGUUAUUGCAGCCAAUCCGAUUUUACGAACACGCAUCAUUCAGUCCGAAGAGACGCAGCUCUAUCAGGUGGUAAUUGAUGAGAAAUCUAGGCAAUCCUGGCGUUGGUACGAGACAAGCAGUGAUUACCUUCUUGCAGUAUCAGAAAUACCAAUGGGACUGGGAAAUUCCCUCUUUCAUUUUGGACUCGUUCGUGACAACUCGACGCCGUCACCGAGAUACCUGCUCAUCUGGACAAUGCACCACGCUGUUUAUGAUGCCUGGUCCAUGGAUCUCGUACUUCGACAGGUAUCUGAGCACUAUCGCUCGCAGACUUUCAGCACACUUGUUCCAAACUAUAAUAUCUUCGUGGACUUUCUCCAACGGCAAGAGUCCGAAAGCUCGAAUUGGUGGCGAUCUUACUUGUCAGGUGCAUCUAAUGCUUCAAUAUACCCGAAAUCACCGAUGUCUUCAAGGGAAACCUCUGGAGACCAAUUGAUAUGCAGACAGUUUGACUUGCCCCACCUUAGCCGUCCAGGAUACUCAUCAGCGGUAAUCUUGCGAACUGCAUGGGCCAUUCUGAUGGCUCGUCACACUGGUGGCGAGUCCGUAGUUUUUGGUGAAACCCGACUUGGCCGCAACGUGCCCUUGAAGACUAUCGAUAGAAUGCCUGGUCCAACGAUUGCCUCAGCACCCCUGCUCGUCCGGAUUGACCGGAAUCAGACAAUAGAGUCCCUUUUGACCAGUGUCCGGGAAGACAGUCUACGGAUGCAGGACUUUGAACACCUAGGGCUACAAUAUAUCUCGCGUCUCAGUGAUGACGCUCGUGCAGCUUGUAAUUUUCAAACUCUUCUAGUCUUUCUCGAGGAUGGGUCACAAUCUGAACCUCAUGACUCGAUAUUUGAAAUUGACCAUACUGUUGAUGAUAUACGCAAUUUCAACACAAAUUACCUUCUCCUUUAUUUUACCCUACAGAAAAAGGCCCUCGUCACAACAGCAGUCUUCAGAGAGCAUGCUAUUGCUGCAGGACAAGUCGAACUUCUUUUGGAACAGGUGCAAUCCAUUUUCUCCAGCUUAUGUAGUCUAUCACCAUCUACUCUAAUAAAACAACUCGAUAUAGCUGGAGAUGAGGAUUUGGCUCGAAUUUGGGCCUGGAACGAAACCGGAGCAGAGGAAGUAGACGAGUACAUCCACGAUCUGAUCGCUCAAAAUGCAAUUAAACAUCCAGAGAAGCUGGCCGUGCUUGCUCACGACGGCCAAAUGACCUACAAAGAACUCGAUGAGUAUUCCAACAACCUCGCAGCGCAACUUAGGGCUCAAGGCAUCGGGUUGAAUAGCUUUGUGCCGCUAUGUUUCGAAAAGUCCUUUUUGGUGCCAGUUGCAAUGUUAGCGGUCAUCAAAACUGGAGCCGCUUUCAGUGUUAUGGAUGUCUCCUACCCUGAAAGCAGACUGAAGAUAAUUGCGGAUGCUUUGGAAGCGCACUUGGUGAUCACGAGUCCUUCGCAACUCACCCUUGCACGGCGUCUCGCCGAGCGGGUGUUUGUUGUGGGAGAAAAAGCAUAUACAAGCUCGGGACUGUUUCAAAGACAGCCUAUUAUCGAUAUUUCGCUGAGAAAUACAGAUCGUCUGAUGUAUGUUUGUUUUACUUCUGGUAGCACUGGAGUUCCUAAAGGUGUAAUGGUCACGCACAAAAACCUGUCAUCUGCUGCUGUCGGCCAAACGAGAGAGUUGGCAUUUGACCCCGAGGAUAGGGUGUAUGAUUUCUCGUCUCAUGCAUUUGAUGCUAAUAUCUGGCAUUUCUUCUUGGGGCUUGUGGUGGGUGCAUGUGUGUGUAUACCGUCACACGAAGAUCGUGUUGGCAAUCUCGCCAGAAGCAUCUCUUCUUUCCAAAGCACAGCACUGUUUCUCACACCGUCUGUCGCUCGCACAAUUGACCCCACGGAGAUCCCAACAGUGAAGAGGCUGUACCUUGGUGGAGAAGCAGUCACUCCUUUGGAUGUGUCAAUGUGGAAGGACAAUGUCGACCUUUGGGGGGCCUAUGGGCCCACUGAAACGACACCUUUAUGUAUCUUUACUCGACUCUCAGCCCCUAAUUUAGCCUCGAACAUUGGAAGAGGUGUCGGCGUACGAUCAUGGGUCUGUGAUCCUGAUAAUCAUGAAACAUUGGUCGCCGUCGGAGCAAUAGGUGAACUGGUAAACGAGGGCCCUUUGGUCACCAAGGGUUAUCUUAACCAGCCUCAAAAAACAGCAGAGGUCUUUAUAGAAAAUCCCGACUUCCUUCGCCAUGGAUUUAGCGGAAAUUACGGGCGUAAAGGAAGACUCUACAGAACAGGAGACCUGGUGCGAUAUAACUUCGACGGAACGAUCCAAUAUCUUGGGCGUGCUGAUACUCAAGUCAAAUUACGUGGCCAAAGAGUCGAGUUUGGUGAGAUUGAAUAUCAUUUGAAAAGUCUCUUGCCUGAAAGUAUCUCAAUUUGUGAAGUCAUUAAACAUCCUACUUCUGGACAACCGACGCUCGUUGCUUUCUGCUCAUCAACUUUUUCGUCAUCAUCCUCGAGUACCAGCUUGGACACGACUAGGACCAAAGCGCAUCUUAGCAAAAGUCUUCCCCCCUAUAUGAUACCGGAGUUCUUUAUUCCUCUUCCUCAGAUUCCACGAAAUCCAUCUGGAAAGAUCGACCGUCUGAAAUUGAGAGCUUUAGGACCUGAAUUGCUUCACAUCAUCACUUCACGAGAAGAGUAUUCUGAUAUUGAGCGAAUUCAUGGACCACUUACUAAGAUGGAGACUCUACUGAGUACUCUAUGGAUUAAAUCCCUUGGCGGUAGAACAGUGCCGGUACUGAUCGAUACAGAUUUUGUCGAUAUCGGGGGUGAUUCAAUUGCAGCGAUGAAACUGUCGAACAUCUCUCGCAGGCAUGAUCUUGAUUUAACGGUGAAAGAUAUUAUCCAGUACCCAAAACUGUCCUCGAUGGCACUUCGAGUUCACGCCUUACCCACCCUCGCAAAGUCUCUAUCACCUUUUACACUCAUCAACUCAAUGGACCGUGACCGCGUUGUAAGCCAGUCUGCGGAGGUUUGCAACGUUUCCAGAGAUUCGAUUAUAGACAUUUACCCUGCAACACCAGUGCAAACAGAGCUGGUUGCCUUGACCUUGAAGCAGCCUCAAGCAUAUAUCAAGCGGUCCAUUUACGACAUUCCAUUUCACAUCAACAUCCGUAAGCUGAUCGACGCCUGGAAUAAAGUUUACAGUAUAAACGACAUUCUGCGGACCAGAUUUGUGGAACUCGAAGGCUUCGGCUUGUUACAAGUUGUCGUGAAGGAAUAUCAUUUCCGUCAAUACGAUAAUGUUCAAUCCUACCUGAACGACUCUAUCAAUCAGGGAUGCCAUGAUCUUGGGCAACCCUUUUCUUACUUAGCUCUCAUUGACGAUGGGAAGAAGUCCCCGAAAAUUGCUUGGACAGUACAUCAUGCUCUUUAUGAUGAGUGGUCAAUCCUAAUUAUCGAGGAACAGCUUCGUCGGGCAUACAAAAAUAAGAUAAUGCAUCCGCCACCGAAAUUCAGUGUAUAUGUUUCAGAGAUUCUAUCUCGAGAUAAAUCGGAAGCAAAUCUGUUUUGGAAAAAGCGCCUCACUAACUGCAGUGGUGUAUCGCUAUAUCCGGCCUUACCAUUGAAGAGUUAUCAAGUUCAGCCAUCAAAGACACUCCUGCGUACUAUAUCUCCCAAGUUGCGACCCGGCGUGAAUAUACAAGCAAAGAUUUACGGGGCGUUGGCUCUAGUGAUGUCUAAACUCACAGGAUGCAGUGAUGUCGUGUUUGCUGCCACAUUAACAGGACGAAAUGCGGCCGUGGAAGGCAUUGAGCAGAUUGUUGGUCCAACAAUCACGCCAGUGCCAAUUCGUAUACAAGUGCAUCGCGAGGGGCAAGAAAACACAGGACAAUUUAUCCAACGCAUAGAAAGAGACACGGCUGAUAUGUCUCCCCAUCAGCAUAUCGGAAUCAAGAGCAUCAGUAUGAUCAACGAAGAUACACGAGCUGCAUGCAACUUCCAAACACUUGUUGUUAUCACGCUAAAGAAUGCAGAAUCUGGUAGUCAUGUUUCAGAAACAGUCAGAAUUUCAUCAUAUGAAGCCACUAGUAAAGAAGGGGAAGCUUUCCACACAUUUGCCCUGGUAUUAUUUUUCUUCCCAUCAGCAGAUCACAUUGACAUCGAAGUGGUUUAUGACCCGUUCGUCCUUAAUAAACGCGAAAUUCAACGUCUACUUGGACGGAUGGAUAGAGUUCUAUCCUUGCUGGAUAGAAAUAACGUGCCACUCGAUUCUGAAGACUUUGACUGCCUAGGAGCGGAAGACCUUGACGAUAUAUCAACAUGGAAUUCCCAUAUCCCUGUUCCCAGUGAUCGUCUUUUGCAUGAAGUUAUCUUGCAGCAAUCACACCUACGUCCUUCGGACGUUGCCAUCGACGCAUGGGACUGCAAAUUCACGUACUCGCAGAUUGAUAGAAUGUCAGAUGCGUUAUGUGGUCAACUAGUUUGUCAGUAUGGCAUUGGACGAGGCUCCAUAAUUCCUAUUCUGUCUACCAAGUCAGGUUACGUGCCAAUUGCGGCGUUAGCCAUACUCAAGGCGGGUGCUAUUUUCAUACCUCUUGACGGAACAACCCCUGUUGGUCGUCUAAAGAUGAUUGUGGAUGAAGUGAGACCUAGUAUCAUCCUCGCUACACAAUCGUCACUCGCAGUCGCAGCCGACCUCGUGGUAAACGUGGUUCUUCUUAAUUCCUAUGAUGAUACCAUUGCCAAAGCAGAAAUAGACCCUCCAUCAGUUGAAGCACCUCGGUUAGACGACGUCGCGUGCAUUCUGUUUACCUCCGGUAGUACAGGAACUCCCAAAGGUGUGAUGCAGACACAUCAAGCACUCUCAACGGCCAUAGAACAACAAGCAGCAUAUUCAGAUUUUACAGAUAGCACACGUGCAUUUGAGUUUGCCUCUUAUGGAUUUGACGUUAGCUGGAACAUGAUAUUCAAGGUCCUUGCUAUGGGAGGUACUCUUUGUGUGCCAAGCGAGGAAGACAGACGAAACGAUCUAUUGGGAGCCAUGAAUCGAAGUCGUGCUACACUUACUGAGCUCACGGCUUCAGUCGCCCGUCUCCUUGAUUUCACCCAGCUUCCUCAUCUUUCCACUCUGAUUCUGUCAGGGGAGCCCGUUGACAUGCGAGAUUUUGAAUACUGCAAACCCCGAGUUCGGGUGAUUGUCUGCUAUGGACCUUCUGAGUGUACAUCUGUCUCUACGAUGAAUCCAGGUUUACAAAGUGAUUCCAGCCGUCACGGCAUUGGGAAAGGCUGUGGCUCAUCGAUCUGGUUGGUCGACCCCGAAGAUUACCGUCGGCUUGUGCCCAUCGGAGCAGUAGGCGAAAUUCUUAUCCAUGGGUCUCUGGUGGGAAAAGGCUACUACAAUAGUGAGGAAUUGACUAGGGCAUCGUACAUUCCUGUCAAUGCGCUCCCAUGGAUGCCACAUCAUGCCAAUAAUUCGUCUCAACCGGCAUUCUUAUCUGGCGACCUUGCACGAUACGACACCAACGGCAACCUUCAUUUCGUUUCACGAAAGGAUCUGCAAGUCAAACUUCAUGGACAGAGAAUUGAGCUUGAAGAAGUUCAGUACCAUGUUCGAGCAUUGUUAGACGAACAUGUUGGGCCUGUCAUAUGCUGCAUCUUGAGCCACCCCCAGAAGAACACGGAUCCACAGCAGCUUGUGUCUUUUCUAAGCAACAGAGACGCAGACACAAAAGUUCCAUGUAAAUUGACAGCGCCGAACCAAGAUGCUUUAAGAGCUCUGCAAAUGCUUGAAGGAAGACUCGGAACUCUCCUACCACGAUAUAUGAUCCCUUCUGCAUAUUAUUUCAUCACCACAAUUCCACGCACUAACAACGGCAAAGCUGAUCGUAAAGCUCUUGCUGAAAUAGCGGCAUCUGCGCGGACGGAUCAAAUUUACAGAGGUAGAGCCACUGAACAGGAUACUAAGCAUCGAGCCCCAUCCACUGCCAACGAGGCAACAAUGCAGGGGCUAUGGGCAGUAGCUCUCAAUUUGCCAACGGAGACUAUCGGAGCCGACGACAACUUCUUUAAUCUAAACGGAGACUCCAUCUCAGCAAUGAGAUUAGUCGCUAUUGCUCGCAAAAAGGGGCUAGACUUGAGAGUAUCGGAUGUAUUUGCGACUCCGAAACUCUCUGAACUAGCACAGCGUCUAGUAUCAAUCGACCAUCAUACGCAGGACUCCGGAGUUACUGAGAUCCGUCCUUUCGAGUUGCUUGCUGAGACAGCAGACGCUCGGCAACUACGUCCGGAGGCUGCUAAGAAGUGCGUCCUGACGAGGCCUGAUGAUGUGGAAGAUAUUUAUCCCUGCACACCUCUUCAAAGAAGUAUGUUGGCAGCCACAAUCAGAGAUCCUAACGCAUUCAUAAGUAGGAGGUUAUAUCGUAUUCCUCUCGAAGUCGAAGAAUCAAGACUCCGUGAUGCUUGGGCAGCUGUGGUAGCCCGACACAAGAUCCUUCGAACUCGGCUUGUGGAUCUUGAUGACUACGGUCUUCAUCAAGUCGUUGUUCGGGAGAGCUCUUUACUAUGGAAUAGAUACGACGAUAUCAGCAGCUGGGUCAGUUCUCUGACGGGUGCAGAAAGUAUGGGACCAACAACAAGGCUUACACGAUGGGCGUUUAUCGAUGGUCCGAACGAGCGUUAUUUAAUUUGGACCAUUCAUCAUGCUACUUACGAUGGAUGGAUAUUACCGGUGAUUGAAAGCGAGGUUAAAAGGGCCUGUUACCAUCCCAGCGAGGAACUAGGUGGAUCAUAUCUCGACAUGCGGCCCCUUGUGAAAUACAUACUAAACGAACCAAAGGCUGAAUCUGUCUCAUUCUGGAGUCAGCAGCUUGCAAAUGCUGACCAAUGUCGAAUAUACCCAGCAUUACCCAGCAACAAUCAUUCAGUACACCCGGCCACGUACCUAGAAAAGAAGAUCUCUGCCAGAGUCAAUCGUAUCACUGGCAUCGGACUCUCUGCAUUGCUGUACGGGAGCUGGUCUAUCUUGGUAUCUCAUCUUACUGGAAGCCAAAAAGUUUCAUUCGGUGCCAUAUUAACAGGACGCAAUGCACCUAUUGACGGUAUCGACAAAGUCAUUGGCCCGGCUGUCACGACUGUUCCUGUAGUUGUGGAUUCUGACCCCGCGUUGACAGUUCAAGAAUUCAUGGCCCAGCUACAUGAUAUGACGGCUCAAAGAAUACCUCACGAGCAUCUCGGUAUCCAGGAAAUUCGCUCAAUAAAUGAGGCAUGCGAGAUAGCCUGCAGCUUCCAAACCGUGCUGGUUAUACAACCCCCGCAGGAAACGCAGCUUCAUCUUGAUAGCGACGACAACAAAGAACUUAGGCUCAUGGAAGAGAUGGAUGAAACCCAGAUAAAGGGUUUUCCAGAUCAAUACUCGGUGUUGAAUCAGUACGGGCUAAUGCUGGAAAUUAUUCCCAUGGACGAGAUCAUCACUGUUCGCGCUAGUUUUGAUUCCUUGCUCAUCUCUAAAACUGAAAUUGAACGUCAGAUAAGUCGAUGGGGGCGGUUGAUUGGCCAGAUAUUGGAUUCACUCAACAAAAAGAUACCUGUAUAUGUUAGAGACCUCAUCUCAACCUGCGACAAAGAUCUUGAUGAUAUUUGGAGGUGGAAUAAAGACGUUCCACGUGCUAUCUCUAGCCCAUUAAUCUGCCAAAAAGUCCGUGAAAUGACCAAUACACGACCAGAUGCAUUGGCAAUAGAUGCGUGGGACGGCCAAUUAACAUAUAGGAAUCUCGACGUGCUAUCCUCUCGACUUGCCAAGUACCUGGUGAAAAGCGGCAUUCGACGUGGUCAGUUUGUUCCCCUGCUUUUCCGAAAAUCGAUGUGGGCGAACGUUGCCAUGCUUGCGGUAUCAAAAGCGAACGGUGCCUUCGUGCCACUCGAUGCAAAUCAUCCCGAGGGGCACUUAAGGGCGAUCAUGCAAGCCCUGGAUACUGAUAUAGUCCUCUGUGCUGGUGACACAAGAGAUCGUGCUGCGCGUCUCGCCCAAAAUGCUGUGAUUGCUGCUGAAGCCGCAGCGUCUUCUGACAACCCUGAUCAAGACUUAGAACCAAAUAUGGCACAAGACAUUGCUUACGCAGUAUUCACAUCAGGAAGCACAGGCGCCGCUAAAGGAGUCAAAAUAAGCCACCAGAACUUGGCAACGGCAAUCUACUACCAAGCAGGAGCUGAAGGGUAUCAAAUCAAUUCUCGAACGAGGUCACUUGAUAGCUCUUCCUAUUCAUUCGAUGCGUGCGUUUGUAACUUCUUUUACACUGUGACGCAAGGUGGCUGUCUGUGUGUCCCCAGCGACGAGUCUUUGAAAGGUGAUUUGGGCACGUUCAUGCGUGAUAAGAGGGUCAAUUGGGCUCAGUUGGUACCCUCGGUUGCCCGGACGAUUAACAAGAGUCUUUUGCCUGAUUUGAAUAGUCUCGUUCUCACAGGGGAACCAAUGAGCAAAGGUGAUAUCGAGACCUGGGCACCGUCAGUUCGUCUAAUCAAUGCGUACGGGCCGACGGAAUGUACAAUACUAUGUGCCAUAUCCUCUCGAAUUACGAAUCCAGAGGAACACCUGGGAUUCAUUGGCUGCGGUCGCGGAGCGACUCUGUGGUUGGCCGACGCUGACAAUCCCAAUAAGUUGGCUCCUGUAGGUGCUACUGGAGAGAUUCUUAUUGAAGGGCCCAUUAUCGGUUUAGGGUACUUAGGACCAUAUCAAUAUCCACUUGUCGAAAAUCCACCGUGGCUCCUCAAGGGAUGGAAAGGUUGUCCAGGAAGGACAGGGAAACUCUACAGGACAGGGGAUCUGGCCAGAUAUAGAGAAGAUGGCAGUCUCGUGUUCAUAGGCCGCAUCGGAUCGGAAAUCAAAUUACGUGGCCAACGAGUUGACAUUGGAGCGAUUGAGGACGUGUUGCGUCGCAGUAUUCCUUUGGUAAUUGAGCUUGCAGCUGAAAUUAUUCAUGUCAACUUUGGAAAUGUGGAAAGGGACAGGCAAUUGUUGGCCGUUUUUGUUGCUGCUUCGGAGACUGCAUCUUCUCAAAUUGGCCUCCGAACCCAGCUUGAGAGUCUUGUUCCUUUCUUGAAAUUACAGUUAGGAACCAUUCUCCCAGCAUACCUUCAGCCGGAAGCCUUUUUACCGCUACCUUCGAUCCCGAAGACAAGCUCCGGUAAGACAGAUCGUCGGCGCCUGAAAGCACUUGAAAAACAGAUUCGCCCACAGGAGUUAAUAUGGAUCAGCGGAAAUACGGCCAAUUCAGCAACAGGGUCAUCGUUGACUGCUCCAGUGACUCAUCGCGAACGAGUUUUGGCGGAACUCUGGGUGCAGGUCCUAAGGAUCGAGUAUGGAUCCAUAAGACGCAAGGAUGACUUUUUCAGACUCGGUGGUGACUCUCUCAGUGUAAUGCGCUUGAGUACAAAAGCUCAUGCACGUGGCUUUAGCCUGAAGUCAAGCGACAUCUUUCAAAAUCCAAAGCUGAUGCAGCUUGCUGAGAAGAUGACGGAGAUUGAAGAGGAUAAUGCCAGCAUAAUGCUCAGUCCCUACAAACCCUACAGUCUAAUCACAGGCAUAUCAGACAUUGAAGAAUUUAUCGCAUCUUACGUAACGCCCAGUUUGGGAGUUAAUGUUGACCAGAUUGAUGAUAUCGUCCCGGCAAACGGUUUUCAGGUCGACUAUAUUCAUAACCAGGAGGAACCUUUAGGCCUGCAAUAUGCAUACAUCGAUAUCGGUGAGAAUGUGUCGUGGUUUAGACUGGUUGAAGCGUGCCAGACUGUUGUCCAAAACUUCCAGUGCAUGAGAGCUCGAUUCCUCCAUCAUCAAGGCAAAUACUAUCAAGUCAUUCUACGUGAUGCCCCUUUGACAACAGAGGCAGUGGAAUCGUCGGAUCAGAUUACCACUUUCUGUAAUCAGUUCUGUCCAGCAGAUGCCCGGAACGCGCAACUCAGCGACACCUACACGAAACUGAUCCUUGUCAAGACUAGAGACAAGCGGCGCGUGCUUCUGCGUGUGUCGCACAACCAAAUGGAUGGUUGGUGUUUGGAGCGGAUUCUGAAGGAGAUUGCCAAUGUCUUCAACGGCGGCGAGAUGGAGAAAACACCAGAAUGGACGAGUUUGUUACAGUAUCGUCAUCAAACGGCCGCUGCUUCCAUGCAUUAUUGGCGGAAUAUCUUGGAAGGAAGCGCGAAAAUUACCUCGCCAUUGGUUUACAAGCCCGAAGGAGACAACAACAAAGUGCGAACACUCAGGUCAUUCGCGCUUCCCUAUUUCCAUACCGCGGAGGACAACAGGCGUACUCGUCCUGCGGUAGUGGUGAACGUGGCGUGGGCACUUGUUUUGCAGAGACUGGCCAGCCAUGAUGAUGUGGUGUUUGGUAACAUCACGACAGGUCGCGACGGCGACAUGCCAGGUCUUGACUCUGUUGUCGGACCGUGCGUCAACAUGCUACCAUUCAGACUCAGACUACCGUCCUCGGACAGCGGCAGCAGACAGCGAUAUUUACGAAACCUCGUCGAGGCGUCAGCCCAACAGGCCGACGACCGCACGUCACACGAGGGCCUGAACUGGGACGAGAUGGUGAACCGAUGCACUACCUGGCCUUCCGGGUCACGCUAUUCAUCUGCCGUGCAUUUCCGUAAUAUGGCGUUUGAGCCGGAGUUGAUGUUGGGCAAUGACCGGGUUGUGGUCACCUGGUACGAGCUUGUAGCCAGGCCUCAUUGGACGACGGUUCUGGUUUACCCUGAGAGUGAUGAUGUGCUUCGCUUGUGGCUGCUUGCUAAUCCUGAUGAGAUUGGGGAUGAGGGUGCGGAUGAGAUUUUGCAGAUGCUGUUGCAGUACUGUAAUGAGAUAGUUGAGGCGCUUGCUGAUGAUCAGGCACAUCCCGUCCACCAGAAACAAAACUCCAAGACCAUGGAAUCCAGCAACAGCAAAAACAUCCCCUGGGCAGAACAUCUAAAAACCGAGCGAGCCAAACUCCUCGCCCAAACCGACUCAGCCAUAACCGCUCUCCAACAAGAAUCAAUCCGCGUACAACAACACCUCAAAUCCCAACAGGAGUCAUGGUUCCUCAUCCGCGCAUCCAAAAUCUCGCGGCAUGCGCCCCAAUAUCAGAACGAAGUAAAACUGGCAACGGGACCAGGAAAUAUCCUCCAAGACCUUAAAACCCUACAAUUCAUCCAGACCGAGGUCCCGGUAUAA